AAUAAACCCGCAACAAUACAGAAAAUCCAAAACGCCUUACUUAGCAGUGCUGUUUAAACUUAAUAAUACUUUUGAAUUUUUUAACAAAUGUGUUUACCAAGAAAAGGUAAUUUUUUCAUCUGAGUAACGCCUUGUACUAACAAAUUUGGUCUUGGAACUUGUUGUUUCCACUGUGGACUCACGGCGAAGAUGGCAACCCUUCCCAUUGUCCAAUACGAAGAUAAAAUCAUUGAAACCGUCGAGAACAAUUCUAUCACCGUCAUCAUCGGAGAAACCGGUUCCGGUAAGAGCACUCAACUCUCUCAGAUGCUACACCGCCGCGGUUACUCCAAAAUCGCCGUCACUCAACCCCGUCGUGUUGCCGCCGUCUCCGUCUCCAGACGAGUUGCUCAAGAGCUCGGUGUUCAGCUCGGUGAAGAAGUAGGUUACGCUAUUCGAUUUGAAGAUAGAACUUCACGCAACACGCGCAUUAAGUAUCUAACUGAUGGUGUUCUCCUCCGAGAAAGUUUAGCUGAUCCAGAACUAAAUGAUUAUUCUGUUAUCAUAUUGGAUGAAGCUCAUGAACGAAGUUUGAACACAGAUAUAUUGAUGGGGCUCAUGAAACGUUUGGUUAAACAUCGUUCCUCCAAUCUCAAAGUGUUGAUCACGUCUGCCACGCUUGAUGGUGAUAAGGUGUCGAAAUUCUUUCGAGAUUGCCCUGUAUUGAACAUCCCUGGGAAGUUGUAUCCUGUUGAGAUUCUUUAUAGCAAGGAGCGUCCUGUGAGCUAUCUUGACGCAGCUCUUAAAACCGCUCUUGAUAUACAUGUACGUCAACCGGAAGGGGAUAUUUUAAUAUUCAUGACUGGACAGGAUGACAUAGAGAAGUUGGUAUCUAAGUUGGAAGAUAAAGUCCGGGCUCUCGAUGAAGGUUCCUGCAUGGAUGCUAUAAUCAUUCCACUACAUGGUUCUUUGCCACCCGAAUUGCAGGUGCGUGUAUUUAGUCCUCCACCUCCAAAUUGCAGACGAAUUAUUGUUGCUACAAAUAUUGCUGAAACUUCUUUGACCGUUGAUGGUGUAGUUUAUGUUAUUGACUCUGGGUAUGUAAAGCAAAGGCAGUACAAUCCGUCUAGUAGGAUGUAUUCUCUUGAUGUUAUCCAAAUUAGCAAAGUGCAAGCUAAUCAGCGGUCAGGCAGAGCUGGACGAACACGGCCAGGGAAAUGCUACCGCCUAUAUCCUUCCCAAAUUUACCAUGAUGAGUUUUUGGAUGUUACAGUUCCUGAAAUUCAGAGAUCUUCUCUUGCCGGCAGUGUUCUUUACUUGAAGUCGUUGGACCUCCCUGAUAUUGACAUUCUCAAAUUUGACUUUCUUGAUUCUCCUUCAUCUGAGUCCUUACAAGAUGCCUUGAAGCAAUUAUAUCUGAUUGAUGCUAUUGAUGAAAAUGGUGCAAUUACAAGUAUUGGACGAAAAAUGGCUGAACUUCCAUUAGAACCGUCCCUGUCAAGAACUUUAAUGGAAGCAAACAAUUAUGGCUGCAUAACUGAGGCUUUGACCGUUGCUGCCAUGUUAUCAACUGAAUCUGCAUUGCUACCAGGGAAGAGCAAGACCGAGAAAAAGAGGAAACGUCCAAUAUCUAGCCUUCCUGAUGGUUCUGGCUUGGGUGAUCACAUUCAAUUACUGCAGAUAUACGAGCGUUGGCAUCAAACUGAUUAUGACAUUGGUUGGUGCAAAGACCAUGGCUUGCAGGUGCGAGGAAUGACGUUUGCCAGAGAUGUCCGUAAGCAGUUAUCUCAGAUAAUGCAGAAAAUCGCCAAGGAACCGUUGGAUAUAAAGGAAAAUGGGAAAGGGGAAGAGUUCCGGCGGGAUUAUCGGAAUUUGAGGAAAGCUCUGUGUGUAGGCUAUGCAAAUCAGCUGGCUGAAAGAAAGAUGCAUCACAAUGGUUAUCGAACUCUGGGUUUGCAAGGCCAAGUAGUCCAGGUGCAUCCAUCAUCUGCAUUGAGUUCUGAUGAACAUGGGAAGUUUCCAGAUUAUGUUGUGUACCAUGAGCUAAUUGCAACACCACGGCCGUUCAUGAGAAAUGUGUGUUCUGUUGAGAUGAAAUGGGUUAUACCCAUCAUUAACAAGCUUAAUACCUUAAAUGUGAAAAAAUUAAGUGGUGGUGGUGUUAUGGAUCAUGUUGAGGAGGAAUCUGAGAGAAGUAUUCCAGAUUUGCCCAAGAAGAAUGUCGAGGUUGCUGCUGCUACAGAUGAUAGUGAAAGUAGAAUCCAAGCUGCCAGAGAACGAUUUCUUGCUCGUAAAGCCAAUAAGUGAGCCCUCUCAUACUUAUACCUGUGAAGAUGGUGAUCUUGGCUUUUGUCGGGAAUUUUGUUCAAGGGACAGGCUAGUUGGUAAAAGUUGCCUGAGAAUUGGGAGUCAGGAUAAGCUAACAUUUCAAGUUUUCCACGUUGCCUCAUUCCUUUUAUGAGCUUGAUAUUACCUGUGUCAUAGUGAUGCAAUUAUCUCUGGCCAACAUCCCAAGAUUUAGCACAGAACACCCUGAGAUUGGGCAUUGUACCAUUCUGAUAGUUGUACAAUAGCUGAGUGUAUAUUAUACUUUUUGCUUAUCCCCCUUUUGUCAUUGAAAUUUACCCAGAGUGGAGAAAGAAGGGAUAGUGGAAGGCGAAGAAAGAGAACAACGUCAACAAGACCCCUGGAAUUAAAAUGUCAAACCAUUCUGAGGGGGUUUUGAAAUGCAAUUGCCAUAACAGACAUCAGAUUGAGAUAUUUGAAGGGAGGAGUUUAGGAAGCAGUUCAACAAGGAAAACUUGCAUCAAGUCUAAAAUGUCCAAAAUAAGUCAUUUUAGUCCCAUCUCUUAUUUAACCAAAUAGUUUGAUUGAUAGUCACAUUUAACAACAAAACGACACGAAAGUUUGUUGUAUUUUAAGCAUCUUUAGAGCAGACAAAAGGAGACAGAAACAUUGGAUCACUGGGCAAUGCAGAUAGUACUUUAUCAUUUGCUUUUGUGAGCAAGGCAAGGAACCCCUCAAUCCCCUUACACUUGUAUAAGCAAAAACUUGCAUUACAUACAGAGUUCUCUUAAAAAGUUAGCUAGUGCUCUUUAAUUUUAGAAAA